AUGAAUUUUGCACUUUGCUUUCUUCUUGGCAUUGCAUUUGUUACUGCUGAAGCACAACAAAUGCAGUCGAAUAUAAGCCGAGGCUCUUCUUUAACACCCACCACCAACUCCUCAUGGUUGUCAAGUUCUGGCCUAUACGCCUCUGGAUUUUACAAGCAAGGCAAUGGCUAUGCCGUGGGUAUAUUUCUUGCUGGAAUGCCCCAACACACUAUGGUUUGGACUGCAAAUCGAGACAACCCUCCAGUCUCCAGUAAUGUUACCUUGCUCUUCACAAGCGACGAGCUUGUCUUGUCAUCGAUAGCAGGCCAAGAUUGGGUUGUGAAGUCUACCCUAUCUGCUUCUUCUGCUUCCAUGCUUGAUUCAGGUGGAAAUCUUCCUACUAAUCAAGGCACAUCUUAUCUUAUGAUAAUUGAUGUAGAUGGUAUUCUUCGGUUGUAUUCAAAGAAUUUAAAGCAGGGGAGCUGGUCAAUUAAAUGGGAAUCUUCCAACGAUAAGUGUGACCCUUUUGGCUUAUGUGGAUUAAAUAGUUAUUGUAUGUCAAUUGAUCUUGAAGCUGAGAGCAGAUGUCUUCCAGGAUUUGAAUCUGCUAGCCAGAGAAAUGAUCAGAUCUCGGGCUGUGCAAGGAACUUAGUUGCAGAUUUUUGCGAAGACAAGAAUGAAAAUUUCACGUACACCAUGCAAGAACUGCCCAGCACGGUGUGGGAAAAUGUUCCAUAUCUGGUUUUGACAUUAGAAGACAAAGAGGCUUGCAAACAAGCCUGUUUGGAGGAUUGUAACUGUGAAGCCGUUCUUUUCAACGAUGAGAGCUACCUAAAGCAGAGGCUUCCUUUGAGAUAUGGAAGAAGGCAGAUGACUACUUCAAACAUAGCUCUCAUCAAGGGAGGUAUAUCUGUUAACGCUAAAAAAUGGUUCGGCAGUUUUUGA